CGAAGCGCAGCAGGAGAUCUCCGAAGCGUCGAAGGAGAUUAAGGAGGCCCAGCAGCAACUGCGUGGGGCCUCAAAGAACAGCGCCUGAGAGGCGACCCUGAAAGCGAUGCUCAAGGCGGCGCGGAAGAAGCGCAGCAUCGCGAGGUGGAGAGCACUGGAAACGUUCUUCGAGGGCUAUGUACGGCAGCUCGAGAAGAAGGGCCGCGAGGGGGAUCAGGCGGGUUUCCGCAGGUACCUGAAGAUGAUCGAUGUCGAAGGUGAGAGGUCGUUCACCUCUCAGAACAUCAAGGACGAGGACGGCAAGGUCCUUC